UGCUCUAUUAUUUUGCGCCUGCGCACUUGACUGAUGGUCUACGCGACGUACCUAAAAUCAUAUUGUGGAAAAUUUGAAGUUUGUUGUUUUAGUGACAACUUAUCCAUAAUUAUUUAUGAAAGCUUCGUGCUAAUUACCAUUCCAGGCGCGAGGCAGAAUAAUUCUGUAGCGGUCAGCCUGGAUGCGUUCAGUCACUAACAGUUCGAGCGGUGUACGGUAGCCAUCUUGGAUUCGAACAAAGCUUCAGAUGUGUAGUUUGUCUGUUUAUCAAUAAUUUUUGUGCAUUUCCCUGUAAAUAGUUUGUAUGUUUAGGAUAUGUACGGAACAUUCGUCCACAUGUGUAAAUAGCUAUGGCUGCGACAAGAAAAUUACAAGGUGAGAUAGACAGGUGUUUAAAAAAGGUCACAGAAGGGGUGGAGACGUUUGAGGACAUCUGGCAGAAGGUACACAAUGCGACGAACAGUAAUCAGAAGGAGAAAUAUGAGGCAGAUCUCAAGAAGGAGAUUAAAAAACUCCAGAGGCUACGAGAUCAAAUCAAGUCAUGGAUCGCUUCGGGCGAGAUUAAGGAUAAGAGUACACUUUUAGAAUAUAGGAAACUAAUUGAAACGCAAAUGGAGAGGUUUAAAGUUGUUGAAAGAGAGACGAAAACAAAAGCAUACUCUAAAGAAGGGCUAGGUGCAGCACAAAAGCUGGACCCAGCGCAAAAAGAGCGGGAGGAGAUGUCCUCGUGGCUUAUAUCUUCUAUUGAUGCACUUAAUUUACAGAUUGAUCUUUUUGAGUCUGAAGUGGAAUCACUAUUAGUUGGUAAGAAAAAACGGCUGGAUAAAGAAAAACAGGACCGCAUGGAAGAGCUCAAAUUCAAACUAGAAAGACAUAGGUUCCAUAUAAAAAAACUUGAAACAUUAUUACGAAUGCUAGACAACAUGUCUGUGGAAGUUGAACAGAUGAUCCACUGCUCGGCAAAGGCUACAUUUCCUCUUGAGAAGAUAAAAAGAAUAAAGGAAGACGUUGAAUACUACAUAGUGUCAUCAUUAGAGCCUGGGUAUGAAGAGAAUGAGUACAUUUAUGAAGACAUCAACGGACUGGAUGAGAUUGAGCUAAGCGGAGUAGGGUUACCGUCAUCAGCCACUACUGACAGUAACAACAGCAACGACUCGCCCGGAUCACCCACUAGUAUACUCUCAGGAACGAGUCCAAUCGCGUCGCCGGCGUUAGACCUCCACAACCACGCGACGGACUCGAUAGACGUAGAUAAGAAGAAAAAAGAGGAGGUCACGACUAAACCGGUCAAACCGCUGCCGCUGCGGGUGACGUGCGGCGUCAGUAGUAGUCCGGCUAACGUUAGUUUGCUCAAUAACUCCGCCGCAUCCACGAAUAGUAUAAACAACACGUGCGCGUCGGGCGCGUCCACGCCCAUCAAGCAGCCCGCGCCGCCCUCGCCGCACCUCGCCAGGCCCAGCGAAGUAGUGGAGAAUGGGCCGGUGUCGAGCGCGCCGCUGCUGCCGGCCGCGCUGCCCGCGCACGCCGCGCUCGCGGCGCACGUGGCGCUCGCCGCGCACGCCGUGCACGCCGCGCACGCCGCGCCCAAAGCAGAAGAGCAAGUCGUCCACCUAAUGACAUCAAAAAGCGCGUCCUCGACGACACUCGCAUCGAGCGCGGCGACGUCGACCGUCGCGAGCGUGGUGACGAGCGCGCUGGCGUCGGGCGCGCCGUCGCCGCUCACCGUCAACGGGCCCACGCACGCGCUCGCGCACACGCCGCAGCACAUCGUCAACAAUGGGCGAGUGAGCGAGCCGCCCCUCACGCCGGCGCCGGCGGCGGCGGGCGGCGCGGGCGCGGGCGGCACCGCGUCGCUCAAGAGCAUGGCGCAGGAGGCCGUGCAGCGCGCCGGCCUCGACCACCACCACGACCAGACUAGCGCGGCGCUGUCGCGGCGCGGCCUGGCGCUGUCGCAGGCGCACAUCCCGCCGCUGCUGGGCGUGGCGCCGCUCGGCCCGCUGCCGCUCAACAACGAUCACCAGGUGCAGUUCCAAAUGAUGGAGGCCGCGUUCUACCACAUGCCGCACCCGUCCGACUCGGAGCGCACGCGCGUCUACCUGCCGAGGAACAUCUGCCAGACGCCCGUCUAUUACAACCAGGUGCUGCUACCCCACUCGGACUCGGUGGAGUUCUUCCAGCGCCUGUCAACCGAGACACUAUUCUUCGUGUUCUACUACAUGGAGGGCACGAAAGCGCAGUACCUAGCGGCCAAGGCGCUCAAGAAGCAGAGCUGGCGAUUCCACACAAAGUACAUGAUGUGGUUCCAGCGACACGAGGAGCCCAAGGUCAUCAAUGAGGAGUAUGAGCAGGGCACAUACAUAUACUUCGACUACGAGAAGUGGGGCCAACGGAAGAAGGAGGGCUUCACGUUCGAGUACAAGUACUUAGAGGACCGCGACCUCAACUGAGGCGCCGAAAACUAUCCGUCAUUCCGUUACCGAGCGCGCGGGCCGCCCUCCGUGACGGCGGCUUGUACCAUACCUUCCUCUUCCGGCGGUCCGCAGAUAUCAGUGAUGCGAUAAGUUAGUGCGGCGCGACCGCUGAACCAUUGUGAUAUCGAUUUAGGAACCCGUAGCGUACUCGGAUGCCGUACGACCGUUUUAUUCGACUUUAUUGGACUUUUUAAGCGGCUUUAUAUAUUAUGUUAUAUAUAAAAUAAGAAUGUAAAUGUCCCAGUAAAUAUUAAAUCAUGUUUUUAUAAUGUGGAAUCUCAUUUUUAUAAGAUUUUAUGAAGUCGUUACAGAUAAAAUGAGUGUUAAACCUGCGCCUGACAUGUUGAAUAUUUUAAGCUGCACGGAACUUAGCGUCGAAUAAUAAAAUUUACAUCGAAUGUAUAAAUUAAUAAAUAGGACAUAGUAUAUUUUAUUCAGAACACCAUGUGAAUGAACAUACCUCUAUCGGAAAGCAAUAUAUAUUUAAGUAGUAAAUAAGAGUCCAAUAAAUUUUUUAUGCUAGUCAUAGUACUUCAACGAGGCAAGAGGCGACGCCGUGUACAUCGGAUGAAUUUGUUUGAAGAAUGCGUCUUUAGAUAUUGAUAGAAAAUAUAAUUCUAGAUGUGUACUCGGCGGUCAGUCACAAAUCGGGGUGUCGAUCCGAGAGCGCUUCGGGCGAUUUGUUUUAAAACUUGUUUAUAGCGACUGGAUUAGUUUGAAAUUAUUAUAGGCCGGCUCGCUGGUGUCACGGAAGUAUAGGCCGAGUGUGAAAGUGUAUAGGUUAAUGACCAAUAUUUGGUACAUUCACUGCUUUGAUCUAAUUUUCAUAGAUUCAUUGGAUCAAAUUUGCACGGGGCAGAAAUAGAAUUUUUGUCUUGUAAUAGCAACAGGAUUAUUAUUAAGCUCGGAAUGGGUAUGUUCAAGUGCCUCAAUAUCUACCUGAAAAGAGAAUAUGGAUUGACUCCAACCUGUGUAUAAACUAUUCGGAAGUAGUGGUCCGUGACACCCGCGGGUCCGAGCUGACCAUAGCUAAGGAUCUCCGGAAUGAUGUUACUAGUAUACUCUCUCACCUCCGAUGUUGAAAAUUAGUAUAACAUUAUUGUAUAUCGACUUUAUAUUUAGUGCAUUUAAAUCGAACAAAAUUUGAUAAAACUAUUCGAGCGUGUAUAUAAUCACUGCCAUGUGUAUUUUAUUUAUAAAUAUAUCGCGUAUCGGGAAAAGUAAAUAGGACAGCUUGAAACGUACUUAUUUAUUUGUGAUAUUUCCUCUUAGAGACGAGGUGAAAGAGUGUACGGGGUCCGUAUGAUAAUCCGUGGAACGGAACUGUGCUGCCGGAUGGUGUAUCACCGCCGAUGACGAUCAGUGGGGAGACAAUUCCAUUUAGUUAGACCGUAGAGUGAUUCUGUAAGUCCGCCGGCCGCGUCUAUUGCGCGGGGCGGCGACGCGUCGGCCGGUCGGCCGGCGGUCGGUCGCGUCGGCCGGCGGUCGGUCGGCCGGGCGGGCGGGGUGAGCGGUAACAGCGCGCGAUCUCGUUAAUUCCGUGCGUGGUGUUGAUAGUUUUCAUUUUUGUAAAAAGUCUAUCGUGCGAGCAGAUGAAAUGUGGUAAAUAAUAAUAAUUUAAAAAAUUAUCUGUACAGUUCUAUUUGUAUAGAAAUAAUAAAUAACGAUUAAAAAUUAAAAACCAUGUUGUGAUUUCUUCUUAACGAUUAGUUUAAGUGCGUCGGUUUAGAGCGCCGCCUCGUAUUGGGGCGUCCGCGUUUAUCGCAUUUCUUUUUCUUAUUUAUUUUUUAAUUUGAAAGAGAUGACUGUUUACUUUGUAGAAUAAAUUGUAAGAAAGCAUUUAAA